AUGUUCCAACUUACAGAUCUCCCCGAUACCCUCUUUCUCGAGAUUCUCUGCUACCUGAGCCCACGCGAUAUCGUCCUUCACCGCCGUGUGUCCCGCGCAUCUCACGCCGCCCUCACAAGGCGCGACAUCUCACAGGCUUUACUCCAUGUCUUCUUCCCCAGAUCUCUCGAAUGUCGCCUUCUACGAUCCCAGUUCUCAUCCUCCUCGAGUCGAGAAUGGCCGGCACCUCCUGUAAAUGACGAGCCUACACCACCGCCGUCACCACCAGCAGACUGGCCUAGAAUCUUCGCCGUCGUCUCCCGCCGCUACCAUAACCUCUCCUUAGGGGAGUUUCACUCUCUUACCACCAUCCCCAUCCUUAAAGACCGCAAGCUGAUCUACCCUUUCGCCCCGUGGAACCGUCUCCUCCGUCGUGACGGUAUGGCCAUGCCCUUUCAGCUCCCAGACCGAAGCUGGACCUACGACGGCGGGGUGCUGGUGUAUCCCUCCCCUUCACAGCCCCCGUUUCCAUCGUCAUCCUGGUCCAAGCCACCCGUCUUGAAAGCCCUGGAUUUGUGUUCUGGCGCGGAGGCAACGGUCCCGUUCGACUGGACCGAUAAGAUCGUCCGCCGUGUCCGUCUCGCCCAGCGGGUGUUGGUGGUCGAAUGGGCGGAGGCUACGGGAUCUCAUCCCCUCAAUGAGAGAGAGACGGCGCACCGGCAUUUCGCGACGGCUUUUGAUGUGCGCGCCACCUCCUCCUCCUCCUCCUCCUCCUCCUCCUCGCUCCUCGCCGCAGCACCAUUUUCUCCCGGUGUCGCAGAACCGGAAGGCCCCAAAGUGACAUUCCGCUCGGAAUGGAAAAUCCACUACCUAGGUCUCCCUCUCAGCCAUCAAGACCGCAUCAUCUCAACGCACACGGCAACACACUACGCCGUCUACGCACACCAGCCGACGCGCUCCCCGUGGGGCGAGGACACACCCCUGGAACGGCUGGUCGUCUGGGCCCUCGGCGCUCCUUCGCCUUACAGGCCCAGCCUCGACCCCUCCUCAUCCCGAAAGCCAGAUGCCGACCCGGGGCCGAACGUCAUCCUCCGCCUGACAAACGGGGACCUGGAUCACUGGGCCGUAAGGCAGCGUCACACUCCCCGCGUCACGCGCCUAGUUCUCGACACCGGUGACGAUACCGGUGAGGAGGCAAAAGGAGGAGGAGGAGGAGGAGGGGUGGGCCAUGUGUAUCUGCACGAAGAGGAUCACCUCUGGAUCGCGGGGCCUCAGUCCUCGGAGGCGCCGCCGGCGCGGCACAGCGUGCGGAGCACGGGGCUGCCGCUCACUGGGGUCGGCCCACGGUGGGUCGACGAGUGCGGCGCGGAAGGCGACGCAGAAAGAUCCUUCUGCCCGGCCGGCAGCGCCAGCCCACCACAGUGCCGGAGGAGGGGACGAGCGCCCUGCUGGCGCCACGAGGAGUUUCCAUAUCUCACCGUUGCCGAGGUCGUGGAUUCAGCCGCAGGCACGAGGGUCUGCGGAAGGCAGUGCUUCACCAUGGAGACGGUCAGCGUGACCGUAGAAGGCAGUUGUGGCGGCAGAGGUAGCACACCCUCCGAGGACCCCCCGGCAGGAGAUAUUGGCUCUAACGAAGUGGCCGCAGAUGCAGACGCAGACGCAGACUCAGACAGGGAUUCGGACGCAGCGACGGCAGGGCGGGGCGAGGUGCAGUUCCCGGAUGACAUGUGGAGGACCGUCAUGUCGGGGGCGGCGCUGGCGGGGGAUGAGCGGUGGGUUAUCGGAGAAGACGAUGCGGGGGACGUGAGCGUGGUUCGAUUCUGA